CUACCGAGUAAAAAUUGUUUGGGAAUAAAUGAACUAUUGAAAGGCUGCUUGCCCUUCGCGGUAAUCACAGUUUGAACGGUGUCCUUACUCCUAUAUCUUCAACCGCCGGCAGAUAUGGUCGGAAUACUCUCUUCCGCCGCUCUGCUCACUCAGCGCAAAAUCACACCCUCGUUGGUGGCCGCCGGUGGAAUCGAAUUCAAAGGAGCCUCUAAGCGGAAAGGAUCGCCGGCACGGAUUGCGCCUAAUCCGGCAACCAAUUUUACCGGCCAACCGGUAACUGCAGCCUUGCUGGCGGCGUCCGUGGUGAUAUUCGGAGGCUUUGCUAUCGCGGCGGAGCUUAAGGAGACCGAGACAGAUAUGCUACCGCAGACGCUAUCCGGCGAAUACGCGAGAAGGGACAGGAUCCAACGGCCCAGAUCUGCGCAGGCGGAAGGCUGCACCCUCAAAUGCGUCGGCACUUGCAUCAGAGGUGGCUACGGAUCUCCCGGCGAAGGUCCGCUCAAUGUUAGAAGGCCUUUGGUAGUGUUCAAGGAAGGGUUCCGGAGCAGGCAUUACUGUUUGGUGGAGUGCUCAGAUAUAUGCAAUUUGAUUAGUAGGGAUGGUGAAGAUGAUGGACCAUAGCACACACUCUAUCUUGUGUCCAUUUUGGCUUCCAAUAUAUUCAUUAUUGUUGCCUCUAUGAGGACUAGUUGUGUAUAUGCUAACUCUGUUAGUGGCGACCAAGUUUUUCUUGUACACAACUUUUCCUAGUAAAAUUUGUGUAUUUUUCACUCUAAAUUGGUUCUGUUUGUAAUAUUAUACUAUGUGUUUUUUAUUGUUAUACUCCGUAGUACGAAGUAAUGAAAAGUUCUUUUUUAC